CAGCACUCAGCCCUGCCCACUUCUCCCUCAGUAUCUGCCUGACUUCAGCAAGGAGCACACCACCAUACAGUCUGCUUUGGAUUACACAUUCACCAUCACACAGGGAAUACAAUCCAGGACGUCUACAGAGGAGGUUACAGCCCCAACAACAGUAGAGCAACAUGGGGAGCAGCAUGUCAUGUGUUCCUCAACACAACUUCAGGUUCUCCAGCAAGAGUUUCAUACGCAGGAACAGCAGCCGCUUGUUCCGUAAAAAUUAUCCCCAGGAAGGACAGGAGAAGUCCAACAGCAUCAUCAAUAUCCUCUGCACUGUCACCCCGAGGAAGGAAAUGACCCAUAAAGACCUACAGACGAUCGAGAACGUUAAGUGGGACCCUCCGUUCCCUUAUGACCCGGUCCACGGCUGGAAGAAGAGCAGCAUCAAUGUCAAGAACUACGGCAGAAUGGUCCACCAUUCUAAAGUCCGUUUCCGCUUUCUCCACUGCCAGGAUGUGCAUGACUGCUACCUGGACCUUUUCCAGACACACCUUCAUUUCGUCUCCAACAACACCACUGGACUCACCUACCAGGGGACUCUUCCUCUGAAAGAGCUCACCAUCUGCAACCUGCAGCAAAACGGUAACUACAGCCAGCCCCAGGAAUUUGCAUUACAGAUCAACGGUGUCAGCCUGAACCCCAUCAUUGUCUACUGUUCCAACCAGGAGGAGAUGGACCUGUGGUUUGGCCUGCUCAAAGAACACAUCGAGAUCAACGGGGGCACCCCCAUUGCACCUCUCGAGACCUACACCAGGGUUAAGCAGAAAGUAGAGGAGAGCACGGAGGGGAGAGAGGAGCUGAGGAACUCUAUCAGUAAAGAGCCCAUCUAUGAGUGGGAGGGUUCUCAGCGUGAGAGUCUGGGGCCCAUCACCUAUGUGACCAAAGUCCACCUUCAGCACCUCCCAUGCCAGGAGCAUAGUGACAGACUACUGGUGAUGUACCCCACCACUCUGAUCAUCCUAUCAGAAGAGUGCCACGGCCUGUUCUACAAGGGGAAACUUCCACUCAACAUGAUCACUGUGACCACACCCUGCCAGGACGUCAAGCCCAACACCUUCAUGAUCGAAGGCAAGCUUAUAAACCCUAUCGUGGUGUCCUGUCUUGAUAAGAGGGAGUUCUGCGACUGGAUCCAGUGCUUCAAAGCCUCUGAUGUCCCCGUGCUCAGUCCCCCGCCCCCUGUUUAUGACAUCAUCUACACCCCCACGCCGAGAGAGGCUCCAGAGUUUGACAGGUGGAGUGUGAACAGCCAGAGCCAGGGUCGGAACAGCCAGGGUCGGAACAGCCAGGGUCGGAGUGAGUCUCUGAGGCUGGGCCAGUCCCACAGUGGACGGGGUUCAGGGUCUGGAACCCACCACCUCCAGUUCCCCCCCAGACACGAGGACAACCCUCUGUCCCCAGGGUACACAGAACCCCUGUGUUACAGUUCCAGUCGGCCCACGUCCACCGAGAUGGCUCGACUGGGAAGCCGCAGCAACAGCGUGUCAUCCCACACUAGGCCCGAGCGCGACCUCCGACCUUUGUCGCAGCGCUACUCCUCCCCGCAGCGCUGCUCCUACCUCACCCCUGAGGGGCCGGUGUACAACAUGCCCUACUCAGGCCUGCACUGUGACCGCGCCAGCACCCAACAGUAUCUGGAGAAGGCCCCUCUCGUCAAGUCCAACAGCUGGAGCACUCCACAGACGUCCCUGAAGUACGCGUCGCUUUCUGCCCCCCAACGGCACUCGGACAUGUGCGCCCCCCGGCAGCCCCUGUCGCCCCUGUAUGACGAGCCCUGCACCCCCGACAUCUAUGCCCAGGAGGAGGAGAGCCGGCUCAGGCAGCAGCCAGCGCAGUGUGUGAGAGGACCACCACAGCAGCAGCAGGACCCUCAUCUCCUACCCUCCUCCUUCCAGCUGCGCACCCCUCCCCUGGGCAAGCGCUGCCGGAGGAGUCUCGUACUCAUCCAGGGCCAGGGGCUGGAGAUGGAGGGCCCUCAGGGGCCAGACCAGAGAGCUAAGGCCGUCUCCAGACUGAGGCUGCUGCCUGCACCCAAAGCAGUGCAAGAGGAGAGGGUCUUCCCCGUGAUGCCUGCUAUGAACACCACCCAGAUGCUAUAUGGUUUCUCACCAGAUCACAACUCGUACCUUGAACCAUCUGAGCCAGAUGACCAGCAAAUGGACUAUGAUAACAUUUGGGAGUACGACUGCAAUACUGGGAUGAUUCAGCCCAUGUCUGGAAUUUCACCACACCGGACGGGAUUAGACUUCGGGGCCAGAGGCCUGGGUGCCAUGGCUACCAACCAGCAAAGAUGGUUAUAAAACCAAACAAUGGACUGGCGCUCGUCUGGACGUGUGCAAACAACAGAUCCCCAUCAGAGAGCCAUAAAAAAAACACUGUGGAAGCUCACUACUGCAUAUCAUGCUUGUGUCCUAAAUGGCACCCUAUUCCCUAUUUAGUGCACUGGGCUCCGUUUAAAAGUCAUGCUCUGUAUUGGGAAUAGGGUGCCAUCUGUAUUUGUUAGAUAUUCAGUUGUCAGAAGAAUGCUUUAUGUGGGUGUGAUAAGAGUACGGUAUUUGUAUUUAAGCUGCACUACUGUACUGUAUGUUAACACAGAUAAACAUGAUUCAGCAAAAUCACUUUCCCACACAACAGUAUGAAAAGGUAGGAAACAGCCUGAUAUUGUAGCAUUAAUGAAAGUGCAAAAUGUACAUAGUUUUUAACCCGGUGCGCUUGAAAUUGUAUUUUUUCCCCUACUGUGUGUAGGCUACUGUGCACUGCAUUGGGCUUCAUAUUUUACAUUUUGUGUGUUUUUGUACUAUUUAUGAACAUUUUCUUGAAAACCGUCCUGUUUCCAUGCUUUUUUAUUGUGUUAACUUUUUGAUUCGUAUAUUAUAUAAUUAUUAUAUUCUAUCCUCAGACGACUUGUCUUUGGUUGUAAGCUGUAAAAAGCAUUCCACAAAGCUAAAAAUAGCAACAUCUGCAUUAUUUAUUCAAUGUUCUGAAAUCACAAAGCAAACUUUGAGGGCUUAAAAGGACUUUCUGCAUUGUGCUGCUACCUCUGCCAAAUGUUGCUCAUCUUUGUGUGGCUUGUUUCUUCUACUUUGUUUGAGGUGUUAUUUUUUAUUUACAAUAAAAAGUACAUUACA